AUGUUGUCUUUGGAACCCAAAGUAAUCUCACAGAGUAUUGCAAAGGCUGCCAAAUCUGGGAAGUGGAGAUAUGGGGACCAUUCACACUUCAGUCAGAAACAGGGAUCUGGAAACAACUGGGCAAAUGGGUAGUUUAUGGGCUGGCCACCUUGUAAUUAUAAAGGCUCUGAGUUUUUCAUGACCACAUGACAUUAUAGGAAAAACUGGUCAGGUGACAUCAUGUGGUUAGGAAAAACUCUGUGCCCCACAGCAGUGUCCAUAGCACUGUAAUAUGACAACACUGUGUUUUCCUUUCUUUGUGUGUGGAUACUGUGUCCAUGGACCACGUCAUGAGGAGUUGGUGGUGGACAUCGUGAGGAGAAAGGUGGAGCGCUGUGACCGUCUGGCAGGAAUCAUGGCCGUUGGUGGUGGACAUCGUGAGGAGAAAGGUGGAGCGCUGUGACCGUCUGGCAGGAAUCAUGGCGGGGGGCACAGGGUCAGGGGUGGUAACAUAUGCCACUCAGUGUCUCCGGGAUGCCUACCCAAACUCCUUCAUCCUCAACCACCUGACAUGGCCCUAUGACACUGGAGAGGUAAGAGGCUUGCUUCAGCACCUGGAAAACAUCACAGAUCUGGCAGAUAAAGGCCUACCAUUUAUGUUUUACAAUAUAGACAUAUUUCCUAUGGAAUAAGCAUUAGAUUUUUAAAUUUUUGUCAUUUAGUAGACGCGCUUAUUCAGAGCGACUUAAAAUUAGUGCAUUCAUCUUAAGAUAGCUAGGUGAGACAACCACAUUUCCAAAGUAGAAAUUACAAAGAAAUUACAAGAAUAUAAUUUCUGAAGGCAGAAACAACAUCAUCAUCAGUACUCUUUGAAUGACCAGUUUUACCUAAUUGCUAUUUUGUGUUUUCCUUUGAAGGUGAUUGUUCAGAACUACAACUCUGUGCUCACACUGUCACACCUCUACCAGCUCUCAGAUGCCAUCCUGGUUCACGAAAAUGACACGGUGCACAAGAUCUGCGCCCAGCCUAUGAAUAUCAAACACAUAUCAUUCAGUGACGUCAACAAAGUCAUAGCCCACCAGCUAGGGAGUGUUCUGCAGCCUGCACUCACUGGUGACUCCCAUGGUGUCUACAAUAGAAACCCCAUAGGUGAGCAUUUACAUUUGACAUUUUACUCAUUUAGCAGACGCUCUUAUCCAGAGCGACUUACAGUUAGUGAGUGCAUACAUUUUUUCAUACUGGCCCCCCGUGGGAAUCGAACCCACAACCCUGGCGUUGCAAGCGCCAUGCUCUAUCAACUGAGCUACACGGGACCUGUGCAGCAUCAACACUGUACUGUAACAACACACAUUCUGUACAUAUACAAACGUAAACCUAUGCCCCUAUUCAAAUGUAUUAGCAGAAACAAACCAGUGUCAAAGUCUUGAAGUUGCAUAUCACACACUGUGCACUGUGUUUCCAGGUGAACUGAUAAGCGGCCUGGUGUGUCACCCAGAGUACAAGUUGCUCAGCGUCUGCAACAUUCCCCAGGUGUCCAGCUCCUCCAUGGCUUACAGCGUGUUCACCUGGUCGGGCCUGCUCAAACACCUACGUCAGAUGCUCAUUGCCAAAGCCAAAAUGGUCACUGCAUUGGUCAGAAAUGAGUGCUGUACUAGUCUUGAACACUAGGGGGCAGCUUUGCCUAACUGUUAAAUUAAUAACUGUGAAAUUCCAAAACAAUUGAUGUCCCCAUGCAACUCAACUGUUUACUGUUCCAUGUCCAGAUAUUCAUGUUAAUGCUCUGAGGACUAUUAUUUUUCAGGCAUCAACUGGCAGUUGCGAGCCCCCUCUCUCCAGCCUGAAGGGGUAGAGAGGACCAAGAGUCACAGACGACCAGGCUUCAACACCUCCCUGGCCAACCUGCUCAUACUGCGGGGGAAGGAUGUGAACAGUGCAGAGAUAGGUAAGAGACCAGUACAUAGGUGUCUAACUACUAUGGGACAAUAAACAUUAAUACAGAUACUGGUUGUUUCUAUUCAUUCUAGAAUCCAACACUCCUUUUGAAUGUUUUUAUAUCUAUAGGUGGAUUUCAGGAUCCGACCCUAUAUACCCCCUUGCUUCCAACAGAUGAGACUUUCAGCAUGUGGAAAACUCCAGUCCCCUUUAACAAGUAUGAGAAGUCUGCUACACUGGUCAGCAACAGCCAGGCUCUGCUGAGGCCUCUGGACAACAUGAUGGGGAAAGCCUGGAACAUGUUUGCUUCCAGGUACGGUUAGAUACAUAAUGUAAAAAAUAAACAAACAUGCAUGCACUUAUAUUGACGUUUUCCAACAGGAUGAGUCAUUGUCGAUCAUUGCAAAAAAUUGGUAAUGGAAGACUUCUACUGAUCUAAACUGCCUCAUUCCCAGGUUAUUGGGUUUCCACAUAUUGAUGUGGUGUCUUUGCUUCCACAGGGCCUACAUUCAUCAGUACACUAAGUUUGGAAUCUCAGAGGUAGAUUUCCUUGUUAGCUUCACAUCUCUUGAACAG